CACCAUUUUCUAAGCCAAUAGCGAGUCUUGCAAAUUUUGUCUCUGUCAGUCCUCGUCCCAUUUGCUUCGAAUUUCUCCAGGCGUGCACAGUAUCGUCAUAGUUGGGCUUCAAUCUUCAGUGGAUCUUCAGUGGCCGUUCUGUGUCCUAAGCUUCGUGAAAGAUGUCUGUGUUUACACUACUAAAGAACAGGGUUGAGGCCCAUGCGGGUAAACGAACCCCUGAUGAGCUUAUUCCUGGUGUACGUUACCCAGUAUAUUCAUUCACUCAAAGGAAAUCGGACUACAUUGAUAAGAAAACCCAGACGCAUCCAAUGACCCUGGUUGCUUACGUUAUUGAUCCUAAGACCUCUGGAAAAUACUACAUCACGUUACCAUCUCUUUACAAUGAUUUAGAUAUUGAUCAAGUGAAGGAGCUUAAUGAUGCAAUUUUGCCCGGGAAAGCUCCUGUCAUAGUAUUUUAUGGUAAAGAUGGAAAACGUAAUGAUGUUCUUAUUCAUCGUCAUGAUGAAGAUACUGAUGAAUGUAAACUAAAAUCCUAUCAGGAUAAUUCUAACUUACGCAAGCGCAAACAUGAUGCAGAUGGCGACGACGAUGAUCAAACCACAAAGAAGGCUGGACAUUCAACUGAUUGAUUGUGUCUUUAUCUCACUAAAUGACAGUGCUCUUCGGAGCACGAUUAUUUUGUUUUGACUGUCAAGUUUAUUUUGUUUGAAGCAAGAUUAUAUUGUUUUGACUGUCAAGUUUAUUCUGUUAUUAUUAUGUAAUUAUUAUGUAAUAAAGUCUGUAUGCAAAUUUUUGUUACAUCCAUUCAACCCUAAUUUUCUUUUCCUUUCAAAACUUUGAACAAACAAAUAUCUUUAGCU